GGCAGGACUGUCGGUCCAAGUCAGCGUAGACUCGUAGGAACUCACCCGGGAGACACGCACACACCUCCCCGACACAAACUUUCUUUACACCUCCUUAAAAGUUUCCCCAGCGAGCCAAGAAUGCUGUGCGGCGCACAGAGAGCGGCGUGUCUCUCCAUUCUGGUGGCCUUGGCCGCUUGCAGCGCUCCCCUGGUUCCGUUAGACGACAUCGUGGUGGAGAAGACGUUCGAACCCGAGCAGUGCGUCCGCGCCGUCCAGGUGGGCGACUAUGUCCGCUACCACUACAACGGAGUGUUCCCGGACGGCAAGAAGUUCGACUCCAGCUACGACCGAGGCAGCACCUACAACGUGUUUGUGGGCAAGCAGCAGCUGAUCCAAGGCAUGGACAAGGCGCUGGUGGGAAUGUGCGUCAACGAGAGGAGGCUGGUGAAGAUCCCGCCGCACCUCGCCUACGGGAAGAAAGGAUACGGUGACCUCAUCCCGGCGGACGCCAUCCUCCAUUUUGACGUCCUCCUGCUGGACGUGUGGAACCCCGAGGACGGCGUGAAGAUCAACACCUACCACACCCCCGCCGUCUGCGACAGGAAGGUGGAGGUGUCGGACUACGUGCGCUACCACUACAACGGCACGCUGCUGGACGGGACGCUCUUUGACUCCAGCCACACCCGCAUGCGGACGUACGACACCUACGUGGGCAUCGGCUGGCUGAUCGCCGGCAUGGACCAGGGCCUGCUGGGAAUGUGCGUGGGCGAGAAGCGCAUCGUCACCAUGCCGCCAUCGCUCGGAUACGGCGAGAACGGAGACGAUAGCGACAUUCCUGGCCAGGCGUCUCUGGUGUUUGACGUGGUUCUCCUGGACCUCCACAAUCCCAGAGACGGCAUCGUGGUGACCAACCAGCAGGUCCCCAAGUUGUGCCCUCGCAAGACGGUGGAAGGGGACUUUGUGCGCUACCACUACAACGGCAGCCUCCUCGACGGCACCUUUUUUGACUCCAGCCACUCCCGCAACCGUACGUACGACACCUAUGUGGGGCGGGGCUACGUGAUCGCCGGCAUGGAUGAAGGUCUGAUUGGCGUGUGCAUGGGAGAGCGACGCACCAUCACCAUCCCGCCACAUCUCGCCUACGGAGAGGAGGGCACAGGCUCCAAGAUCCCCGGCUCGGCCGUGCUGGUGUUCGACGUGCUCAUCGUGGACUUCCACAACCCGGCGGACAAGACGGAGGUGACGGUCACGCACAAGCCGGAGGUGUGCGAGAAGAUGAGCAAGAAGGGCGACUUUGUCAAGUACCACUACAACGCCUCCCUGCAGGACGGCAGCAGCCUGGACUCCACCUACAACUACGAAAAGACCUACAACAUUGUCCUGGGGACCAAUCAUGUGGUCCCCGGCAUGGAGGAGGGGCUUAUCGGAAUGUGCGUGGGCGAGCGGAGGCACCUGGUUAUCCCUCCUCACCUGGGCUACGGAGAGCGAGGCGUCACCGACGAGGUGCCGGGCAGCGCCGUGCUGGUGUUCGACGUGGAGCUGGUGGACAUGGAGGAGGGACUCCCCGAGGGCUACAUGUUCAUCUGGAACGACGACGUGUCCGUGGACCUCUUUACGGAGAUGGACAAGGACAAGAACGAGCAGGUGGAGCCUUCUGAGUUCACGGACUACAUCAUGCGUCAGGUGAGCGAGGGCAAAGGUCGCCUGGCGCCCGGCUUCGACCCUUACCGCAUCAUCGACAACAUGUUCAACAAUCAGGACCGCGACAGCGACGGCAAGAUCACGGCGGCCGAGUUCCGGCUCAAAGCGGACGAAGAGGUCGCCCACGACGAGCUAUGACGAGGUUUUGGGGACCCGGGUCGGCACCCAAAGGGUGGUAAGGGUGGAGGGCGGGGGGGUGGGGGGCGGUAUUUUUUUUUCUUUUUUCUUGUGUGCCAGUAGAGAUUUUUUGUCUGCUACUUUGAAGACUGAAACUCGGUUGAGUCUAAUUAGCGGUCCUUAUUUUCAUGUCUACUAAAGUUCCUAUUGGCCCACAAGCUGCAGGUGACAUAAACCACUGCUGGGCAAGCUGCGUCCUUGUUGAGGACAAAACAACGCACACUAACUUACUCUGGUCCUCUUUCAUACUCCAUAGUCCACUCUGCUGCCCUCAGUCUCC